AUGUGGAAUCCGUGGUUCAUUGCUCUAUACCUGCUUUGGUCAGGAGUAUUUGCAAUAUUAGAGCAACAAGAGAAACCGCAAUUUCCAGAGCCUUUGAAUGAAGAGGGUUUCAACACUCAGUUAAAAGCGGGACUGCAUGUCGUCGAGUUUUAUAGUCCCAAUUGUCAUCAUUGUAAAGCUUUGGCACCAACCUGGGAGAAAACUUGGGAAACAUUCUAUGAAGAGGGUAAAGCACUUCAUAUAGCUUUCUCCCAGGUUAAUUGUUUGUUAAGCGGAGAUCUUUGCGCUAAGGAAAAGAUCGGUUACUUCCCAACUAUACGUCUAUAUGGGCCUUCUGGGGUCAUCAAAAACUUUCCUGAUGAUGCAAAGAGAUCGAUGGAGAAUUUAAUCGAUUUCGCUCGUCGCGAGGCCAAUGAUCCAUCUAAUUCAGAAAUCGUCGAUAUUAAGAGUACAAGUAUCCAACUCUCGGGUGAUAAAUUCAAUCAGUUACUUGAUGGGAGGGGCAGCCAGCCCAUUUUGGUCUCCUUUUGGCCGUCAAAGGCAAUGAGAAGCACAGAUGAUGAUAUGGAGUUUGAGAAUUGUGAAGAUUGCCGUCCCUUCCAAAGAACAUGGAGGGUUCUCUCUUCCAGACUUUUAUCUUCUAGCAUUUCCACCGGCCAUGUCAACUGUGAAUCAUCUGCGAAGCUUUGUGAAGAGUUAGGCUUCGAUGAUCUGGUUAAGAUUAGAAAUCACUCAUAUGAGAGACUUCCUAGGGUUGCUUUGAUCAUACCCGGAAGAAAGGUUAACAAUUUGUUCAUUUACGAAUCAAAGUUCUCGACUUCAGUUUCUGAUUACGAAGAUUUCGCAACAAGGGUCACUAGAAAUAGUGAAGCUCCAUUCAUCUCAUCUUCCGACGUAAAGCAAAUAGCGGAACGGGACUUUCAACUCUCUGCAUCUUCUGCAUUUGCUUCGCCUCCUCAAAAUUUGCAUAUAGUGUUCGCAUAUAACCCAAAGACUGUUGUGCAAGAGGAUUUUGCUGUAUUAGACCAUUUGGUCGAACCGCUGUCGAACAUACCCAAUGCCUAUCUCUACAAGUCUACUGACGACAUGAAGCAGACAAGUCGUUCGAACCUUGAUUCGCUUUAUAAGAUUAUGAAUUCUAAUUUGGACGGGCCAGAAAAGACUAUAAAGGAAGAAUUCAUCGAUUUGAACGUUAUGGAUCAAAAUCCUACGUUUUAUGUAUUCAGGGAUGGAGACAGAAUCCCUCACGUAUUUCCUGGAUACUCCACUACAGAAGUGAGGGACGUCGAUAGAAUUGUUACGUGGAUCGAAUCCUUAUCUUUGCCGUUCAUGAACGAGGUCUCAACCUCGAACUUCAAAGAACUUCUAAACUUUAUACCUGAAGAGUACAGUGGUUUAGCUAUCCAAUUGAUCGACACUUCUAGUCCUGUUCUAUUCGAAAAAAGCAGCAGAUUUCUGGAAAAGUUCAUGUUGGCUGGCUACGAUUACGAAGAUUUCAGAAUGGGAUACGUCGUGAAUGUUACAAGUGCAGAAAGAGCCAAGAAGUCUAAAAAAAUGAGUGAUUUGAAGGGAAAGGGCGCAUCGGCAAAGAAGAGAAUUCAGGCAGCUAUCCAAGAUGUUCCUCAUGUGGAUGACAACAAAGUUGUUUUAGGCUAUAUUGACAUUUCGAAAUCAAGCAACACAUUGUCCAACAUGGGUCUAGCACACCGUGGAGAUACUUACAAAGCUGGGGAUGUAAUUAUUAUCAAUAAAGUCACCAAAUUCGUUUACGAGCAUAAUGCCGCUGGAGAUGUAUUAACCUCAGAAUCGUCAAGCAAGAUCAAAAACGCAUUGAUAUCGGCUCUUUUACCGAAAGCAACGCCAUCACCACCCCGAAUUUCGGGCCAUCUGUUGAGCACGCCAUUUGGAGAUUCAUUCAGAUUUUUAGAUUCGCUUCAUCAAUUUGGAUUCUUUGGUUACCUUGGCCUUCUCUCGGUUGUACUAUUCUCUUACAAGAUUCUACGUUUUUACAGCAGAUCAAAAGUCAACCGGAAGUACAAGGCCAAGAGAAACACUUUAGGCAUUCUUGGGAAAUCAAAUCAGAAGAAGUUACGAGACUAA